AUGAUAGUAUAUCACUCCAGACAUCACAACGUAAAGAUCAGAGUAUGAUGUCAUCUUAUGAUAAUGAAGAACUUCAACAGACAGCGCCCGAAUUGAAUAAUGAUAGUAUAUCACUCCAGACAUCACAACGUAAAGAUCAGAGUAUGAUGUCAUCUUAUGAUAAUGAAGAACUUCAACAGACAGCACCAGAAUUGAAUAAUGACCAAUUGACGCAGGAGAUCGUUGAUGACAACAGCGACCCACAGACUUUAUAUGUUGCUAUACAACCAUCUGGAGGUAACCAUGGUGACAUAAGCAACGAGCAACCUGCUGUUUAUCUUGAAGUUGUUGAAACUGGAAAUCUCUCUGAACAAAUAUCCACUGUUGGCUUAAAUAGAGAGAUGAUAGUACAGCAAGCAACAUCAACAUCGGACAAUGGUGUAUCUGCUAGUUCAAUACUCACCGUUGGCCAUGAUGCACUAUCUACUAUGCAAGCUGAGAUGAUAGCUGUUCAGGUUUUAUCGCAGUCAGGGGAUGUACAGUUAUUUCAAGACCAUGCUGGAAAUACAGCACAGAUUGUUCCCGUGACAACAAUUUCUAAUUCUGAACUCCAAACUCUGACACAAGCUAAUCUUGUUACAUCAAGUAUAUCACAGUCUUCAUCAACUGCCGACCAAGAUUUUUCUUCUGUUUCCAUGGCAACAGACAUAGGGACAAAUGCAUGUAACGAGGGUGUAGCUACAGUUGCAGGUGAUUGUGAUAAUCACAAUGAAUCAAGAUUUGAAGAAAAUGAGAAUGUUGAGCCAGUUCUUGAAGAAAAAAUUGCUGAAGAUGCAGCACCUGGAGAAUUAGAAAAACCAAAAUAUACAUGUGAGAUCUGUGGUAAAGCUUACAUAAGAUCUUGGUCAUUCUAUGGUCAUAUGAGGGAACAUGCUUCUGGUGAUAAGAUUCAUAAAUGUUCUGUUUGUCAUAAAGUAUUCAAUUAUGCCAGUAAUCUACGGCAACACAUGUUGAUUCAUACGGGUGAGAAGCCUUAUGAAUGUGAAUAUUGCGAUAAAGCAUUUAAUAAUCCCAGCUCCCUUAGAUCACAUUUGCUCUCUCAUUCCGAAGACAAACCAUACUCCUGUGAUGUGUCUGGCUGUGAUAAAGCUUUUAAUAACCCUGGAUCGCUGAGAGUUCAUCGUCGCGUGCAUCAAAAUGAAAAACCGUUCACGUGUCCUCAAACUGACUGUGAUAAAUCAUUCAAGACUCAAGCCGAACUCUCACGUCACGUGUUCAGACAUACGGGACAAAAACCUUACAAAUGUGACGAAUGCGACAAAGCAUUCAUCCGUUUCGAUGAUCUAAAACGUCACUAUCGUAUACACACUGGUGAAAAGCCGUUCAAAUGUGAUCAAUGUGAUUUUGCCUGUAUCCAAUCAUUUGAUCUCGUGAAGCAUAAAUACACUCACAGUGGUGAUAAGCCAUAUAAAUGUCACAUUUGUCCAAAGCAAUUUACCAGACCAGCAAGACUCCGGGAUCAUCUUCGUACACAUACCGGGGAAAAGCCUUUCACCUGUAAUGUUUGCGGGAAGUCAUUCGCUGUGCAAACUGGUCUCAAAUCACACAUGGCGGUACACACGGGUGAUAAACCAUUCAAAUGCAACGAAUGCGAUCGGUCAUUUCGCACGCAACCAGAGUUGCAAGGACACAUGGGAAGACAUACGGGCAUCAAACCUUUCAAAUGUAACAUUUGUGAGAAGGAAUUUAUUUCUGCCGUCACGUUCAAGAGACAUGCGAUCGUUCACUCAGGGGAGAAACCGUUCCAAUGUGAUCAAUGUGGUCGAAGAUUUGCACGCUCUACAGAUCUCAAAGUUCAUCUUCCUGUCCAUAGUGAUGAUAAACCUUAUAAAUGUGGAGAAUGUGAUAAAAUGUUUACAAGAUUCAGUACUUUGAAGGAACACAUCAGGACACAUACAGGAGAACGUCCUUUCAAAUGUGACACUUGUGGACGUCAAUUCAACCAUCGCAGUCAUUUCAACAAUCAUCUACGUAUUCACACUGGGGAGAAACCAUUCAAAUGUGAAAUAUGUGGCAAAGCGUUUUCACGUAAAGCAAGUGUGCGUUACCAUAUGAAAGUUCAUGGUGUUACCAUGACACCCGAUGGACAAACAACUCGUAUUAUUCAAACUUCCAAUUCUAAGUCUACCUCGGCUGUUGAUCAUGAACAGGUAGUUGCUGGUCAAGUUGUCAGUCAGCUCGCAAAUGAAACAGAUGUCCAAUUGGCUGAGGUUUUAGUCGCUGUCAGUGAUGCUCUUGUUGCAGCCAAUCAAGAACAAGCAUCAGUUGAUGCAGUUCACUUGGUCGAAGGACAUUCACAUGGCCAUGGUAUACUAGAGACUGGGCACGAGGAAGGGGUUGAGACCGAUAUGACUGCUGAUCAAAAUGUGCCAAUUAUCACAAGUGAAGCUUCAGCAGAGAUCAUCGCCAAUGCUCACGUGAUUGAGGCAACCAAUCAGUUAACUGAAGAACAAAUAAUGCAGGUCAGUAGCAUUGCCAAUGUACAAACUAGUGAUGGGCAGUUGAUUGAGGCGCACGUGAUUGACCCCAGUCAGUUGCGUGCUCUCGGCGUGAUCACAGAACCCGCUAAAGACAACCAUAUCGAAAUCUCGGAAAUGACCCACAGGUUGCAUCGCAGGAAGAUAGCUCUGUUUAUACAUCUCAAGAAAACGUUGAUCAAAAUCUCCAUGGAUUGGAAACUACAAGCGAAGUUUCACAAGAAGCUGUCGUCAGUUCUAGCCACGAGGUUCCGCUUGUCUCGACUCAUGAUGUAACUACAAGUUCUCUUCAAGAUGUGGAAACAUCUACGGAGUCUCAAGAAGGUUCUGAUGAAACAUGUGAGCGAGGAGGAGAAAGGGAAGUUGUGUUCAAUAACACUGAAGUUGUUACAAUAACAAAUGACGAAGAACAAAUGGAGACGGACUAGUGACCUUAUUUACAUUUUUUCAGAUUUUCAAAAACCUGUAACUUAAAGAAAAGAAAUUUUGCGUUUAGUAUUGA